CGGCGGCGGGGGCGUCGGCGUUGGUGCGGCGGCCUCUGCCUUCCCUCGGCCCGCAGCCCUCCCCCCCUCCCCACCCCCCACGAGUGACAUGAUGUUUCCACAAAGCAGGCACUCGGGCUCCUCACACCUGCCCCAGCAGCUAAAGUUCACAACCUCAGAUUCCUAUGACCGGAUCAAAGAUGAGUUUCAGCUCCUACAAGCACAGUACCACAGCUUGAAGCUGGAGUGUGACAAGCUGGCUAGCGAGAAGUCGGAGAUGCAGCGUCACUACGUUAUGUAUUAUGAGAUGUCCUAUGGCCUCAACAUUGAAAUGCACAAACAGGCUGAACUCGUCAAGAGGCUCAAUGGAAUUUGUGCUCAAGUCUUGCCCUACCUUUCACAAGAGCACCAACAGCAGGUCUUGGGGGCAAUUGAGCGAGCCAAGCAGGUCACUGCUCCGGAGCUGAACUCCAUCAUCUGGCAGCAGCUCCAGGCCCUGGCCUUGCCCCUGACUCCGCUGCCUGUGGGCCUGCAGCCUCCGUCUCUGCCAGCUGUCAGCGCAGGCACUGGCCUUCUCUCCCUUUCUGCCCUGGGCUCUCAGGCCCACCUCUCUAAGGAGGAUAAGAAUGGGCAUGAUGGGGAUGCCCACCAGGACGACGAUGGUGACAAGUCAGAUUAGAGGCACAGCACUGGGGGUGGGGAAAAAGGCUUGGUAUUUAUGGUGGCUGCUGGCACUCUGGCACCUUGGUGCCAGCUGGCCCAUCUAAGACGUCGCCCCCAGCCCCAUAGCUUUGACUGCUCCCCUGCCCCCUGCCACCCCCUUCCCCUAAAUCCCUUGGGGUGAGAAUGGGACCGGACCGGGUCGGAAGGGAAUAAAAGAAUGAACCCACCUUAGCUCCAAGCGCCUCCCCCCCUUCCCUGUGCACAUAUGUAACCGACCCCCCCUUUCCCGCUACCCCUGUUCGGCCUGUUUGCUGCGCACCCAGCACAGCAGUUCCCCAGUCCCCUCCUGGUACUGCAUGCAAUCACGGAUGCCAGCCGGCCCCGGGUUCCUCCCCUCCAUCCCCCAC